AUGGUUUGGGACUUCGGACUUGUGCUGCUGUUCGUCCUCGCUCCACAGGCUGCUGGAAUUAAAGAGAGCGGCGUGGGGCUGGACUCGGGAGCGAGCGCACAGGCUGUCGGCUCUGUACGUUUGGCCGAGCUGCUGAAGACGCCGACGCGCACCAAAGGUUCAGGGUUUGAACUCGGCAGACGUCGAUCCAGGAGGUCGGUGUUUUUACACUCCGGAGUGAGGAUCUGUCCUCAGGAGACCAUCAACGAAGUGCUGGCCAGUCACCAGGCGUACUACCAGCUCAGAGUUUGUCAGGAGGCUGUGUGGGAGGCGUUCAGGAUCUUCUUCGACAGGAUCCCUGGCACGGCGGAGUACCAGAGAUGGGUUCACACGUGUCAACACGAGUCGCUCUGCAUCGUGGACCUCGCCAAAAACUUCAGCAGCUCCGAGGAGCACAUGACCAUGGUUCACAGGUUGGACGAGGCUCCUUCUUCACCACGACGGUCUGGCGCCUGCUUUACCGCUGAGGCCGGCUCCAGCAAAAAGCCAGAGAUACUUCAGCUCCUUCACUUUGGGCAGACACUCCGUCCCAACCUGGAGGGAACAAUCCAGUGUUUUCCAGCAGAGAACCACGACGUGGAGGCGCCGCCUGCUCACACUGUAAACCGCCCCCCAGUGCAGGCUGAAGGUCACGGGCCGAUGAAGCCGACAGACAUAGUCAUGAAACAUAUUUUCAGCAAUAUUUUCUCUAAAGCAAUCUCAGAGAUUCUACAGAGGACUGUGGGAAGAGGAUCAGUGACUCCUGCGCCGAAGCACAAGCUCCCUGAGAUCACAGGUGCGGAGGUUCAGACGGUCGCCUCACCGGCUGCACCGGCGAUCGUCACCGACGCCGCCGCCGCCCCCCUCGGCCCCACGAGUGCCUCUCCAAGCCCCGACCGCGAUCAAGCCCGGCCCGAGGAGGAGGCCGAAGAGGAGUCGGAGCUUCCUAACGUGGUACCUGAGAGUCCGGUGGAGCAGAUAGUGGAGUUCAGUAUCGACCUGGUGGACCCGGGUUACAGAGAGCUGCUGGACGACCCAGACUCGCCUCAGUACGUCGACCUGGCUCACCACCUGCAGGACCAGAUGCAGCACGUUUUUGACAAACUUCCAGGAUUUAAAGCCAUCCAUGUGCUGGGGAUCAGGCCCGGAGGAAUCUCUGUGCACUACUCUCUCGUCUUUGAGGUUAAUUCACCCAAAAUCAACUCUGAGAAUUCAGAGACGGCGACCCGCACACCGGAGUCGCCGGCUGGCUCCCGCCUCAGGGAAAUGGUGACCAAGGCUCUGCGUGAAGAGGCUUCGCUGCCCAUCGAUCUGGACUCGCUUAACUUCGAACCAGAGGCAAUCCUUCUUCCGGCACUGACCUCAACCUCUUCAGUAGAGGUAGUAGAAGUGGUGAAUGAGUCCAGUGAGCCUGACUCACACAACGAGUUUGAAGUUUUCACCGAUGAGCCGGAGGUUGAUAAACCUCGGCCGGUGGUUCCUCUCACCCCCAUGGAGAAGGAAAAUGCCCUGGUGACCCUGCUGGAUCCCACGGCUGUCCCGGAUGAUGAGACGACAGCAGUGACUGGUGGGUUGUCAGAGAGCAGUGAUCAUCCACCGGCCUCAGAGGAAAUUACUGAUGAGUCUGAGGCUAUUUAUGAGAGUGAACCCGAGGCACCGAAUGAUGAAGGGGAGGAGGAAGAAUUGCUGAUCAUUACACAUGAGGUUGAAACUAUUCAUCACGAUGAAACUGGAGAACUUGUGAGAGACUACAUCCCGACCCCCUCUGUGAUCCUCAACCUGGAGACAGAUGCUCCAGAUUUCGGUCUGUCUCCGAACGUGAUAUCUGAGGAAGACCUGAUUCCUCUUGAUGUGGACAGCGGGAAUCCUGGUUUGGAUGUUGUUCAGCUUACCCCAACUACACAGAUUUUGUUAACUACAGUUUUUGCAGGAGAGGAUUUGUCUGACUCGGGACAACCAAUCACAACACUCUCAGCCAUCACAGGCCAGCCGCCCACUGAGCCGACAGUGAAUCUUCAAGAAGAUGAAGAAGUAAACUCUCUUCCAGAUGACGAGGAGUUUGAUUUGGGCGCCCAUGAAACUUAUGACUCUGAUGAUGUUUCAGAAACAGAGGAACAGAAUGUUUCCGAGUCGGAAACUGAAGUUGAACUACUAGAACCAGAGGGAGAGUUAGAAGUCAAAACUGAUGAAGAAGCACUUGAGGUUUUGCAGCCGACACCUGAACAAGCUGAAGUGUCAGAACCAGAGGAAAAGCAUGUGAUAGAACCUGAAGAGGAGCCAAAUGAAAUGGAAGUUGAAGUUCCAGGAAUGGAGGAGAAGGACCUUGAAAUGUCAGAACCAGUUCAGGUUUCUGAGCCAGAAGAAUCUGAACCAGAAGCAGAACCAGACAAUAGCCAAAUAGAGGUUAUGACAGAAGAAGGAGAGGAAAAGGGAGUUGAAGUUCUGCAACCAAAUGAGGAAAUAGCUGAAGUUGAAGAAGAAGGUUUAAUCGAUGUGUCGCAUUCAGCUCCAGAGCCUGAUAAUGAUGUGUCUGAGGUUUCAGAACAACCACCAGAGCCAAACGAAGAGUCAGAACCCGGGGAUGUAGCUGAAGAGGUCUCAGAACCAGAGGAAGAGAUGGUUCAUGUUUCUGAGGAAACAGAACCUGAAGUUUCUGAACCAGAAGCAGAAGUGCUUGAGGAAAAAGCAGUUGAUGUUGUGAAACCAAUAGCAGUAGAAGAAGAGGUUGUUGAGGUUCCAGCACCAGAGGAUGAUGCUGCAGAAACAGAGGAGGAAGUGGUGGAGAUUUCAGAAGAAGCUGAGGAAGUUGUUGUUGCUCCAGCGCCAGAUGAAGGUGUAGUUGACUCAAUGGAACCAGAACCGGAACCAGAAUUAGCACCAGAAGGGGAAAGCCAUUUUACUGAAGGUGACACUGCAGAACCAGAAGAGGAGCAAGGAGAACCAGGGGAAGUGAUAGAGGUUGUAGAGCUUACUCCAGAACCAGAACUGGGGAAAGAUUCAGAUGAAAUACCAGAUUUACCUGAAGUCCCUCAAUCAGAGGAGGAUGUAGUUGAGGAUGUAAACCCGGAGGAAGAAGUGGUAGCAUCUCCAGAACCAUACGACGAGCCAGUGGACAUUUCACAGCCACAACUUCCGUCAGAAGAGGCAGAACAAGAGGAGGUAGUUGAGAAUCCAGCUCCAGAGGAUGUAUCAGAACCAGAGGAUGCAUCAGAACCAGAGGAUGUAUCAGAGCCAGAGGAUGCAUCAGAAGCAGAGGAUGCAUCAGAAGCAGAGGACGCAUCAGAACCAGAGGAUGUAUCAGAACCAGAGGAUGCAUCAGAACCAGAGGAUGCAUCAGAACCAGAGGACGCAUCAGAACCAGAGGACGCAUCAGAACAAGAGGAGGUAGUUGAGAAUCCAGCUCCAGAGGAUGUAUCAGAACCAGAGGAUGUAUCAGAACCAGAGGACGCAUCAGAACCAGAGGCUGCAUCAGAACAAGAGGAGGUAGUUGAGAAUCCAGAUCCAGAGGAUGUAUCAGAACCAGAGGACGCAUCAGAGCCAGUGGACGCAUCAGAGCCAGAGGAUGCAUCAGAACCAGAGGACGCAUCAGAACCAGAGGACGCAUCAGAACCAGAGGAUGUAUCAGAGCCAGAUGAUGUAACAGAACCAGAGGACGCAUCAGAGCCAGAGGACGCAUUAGAGCCAGAGGACGCAUCAGAACCAGAGGACGCAUCAGAACCAGAGGAUGUAUCAGAGCCAGAGGAUGUAUCAGAGCCAGAGGACGCAUCAGAACCAGAGGAUGUACCAGAACCAGAGGACGCAUCAGAGCCAGAGGACGCAUCAGAACAAGAGGAGGUAGUUGAGAAUCCAGCUCCAGAGGAUGUAUCAGAACCAGAGGAUGUAUCAGAGCCAGAGGAUGCACCAGAGCCAGAAGAUGCAUCAGAACCAGAGGACGCAUCAGAACCAGAGGAUGCAUCAGAACAAGAGGAGGUAGUUGAGAAUCCAGCUCCAGAGGAUGUAUCAGAACCAGAGGAUGUAUCAGAACCAGAGGACGCAUCAGAGCCAGAGGACGCAUCAGAACCAGAGAACACAUCAGAACCAGAGGACGCAUCAGAGCCAGAGGUUGUAUCAGAGCCAGAGGAUGCAUCAGAACCAGAGAACACAUCAGAACCAGAGGACGCAUCAGAGCCAGAGGUUGUAUCAGAGCCAGAGGAUGCAUCAGAACCAGAGGACGCAUCAAAGCCAGAGGUUGUAUCAAAGCCAGAGGAUGCAUCAGAACCAGAGGAUGCAUCAGAACCAGAGGAUGCAUCAGAACCAGAGGAAGGCAUAGAUGAGGCUUUACUGCCAGCGGAAGAGCUGCCUGGAGUUUCAGAGCCAGAAUCAACAGACGAGGUAGUAGUUGAAGUGCCAGAACCAGAAGGGGAGGGCGUUGAAGUACCAGAACUGAAUCCAGAGGAGGGAAUCGUUGAGAUUUUAGAACCAGAACCUAAUGAAGAUGUUAUUGAGCCACCAGCAGAAUCAAUUAAAAUCCUUCAACCCUUUGACAGCAUGGAAGAUCCUCACUUUGGAGAUGAUACUGUUCAGAUUGUUGAGGAUAACGAGUUCCUGCAACCUUUUGAACCCGACUAUCGUCGCCCAUUAGAAGAAGAUAAUUUACCCGUCAUACCAAUAGACACCCAUUCCUCUGUAGAAGAUGUUGGAGAUUCUGGUCAUGAGUAUCCUGUCAUCGAUGAUUUUUACAUCGAGGAGGACGUCGACAGCGUUGACUCUCAGGUGGAGAGUGACUCGGGUGUUGUCACGACGACGGAAGCAGCCCUAAGUGAUCUACAGUUUGAAACAACCUCUGUUAUUGCAGAGGUGACAGCUCCAGACAGGCAACACACAACAGAGGGCAAAGAAGUCACAGAAGACUUGCCGGAGGAGACACAAGAAAGUGAUUCUUCCUCAGAGAGAGACAUCAGUGUGACGGCAGCACCAGUUGCAGAAUCCUUCCCUACACCUCCGGCAACUUCUGUUGACGUGUCUGAAGUGUCCUCACCCAGCCCGACUGUAGACUUUGGACUCUUUGAGGUAGCGGAGCAAUCUGUAAUCUCCUCUGCUCCUGAGUCCUCGGAGGAUGACGGCACAGAGCCGGAGGCAGAGCCCGAGCAAAGUGAGCCAGCCGUCAUCAUCGAUGAAGACUUAGAGGACUCACCAACCAACCCACCGGCCGCGACCGAAGACAUCAUCGACGAGGCUGUAAAAGACUUGGCCACGGAGCUGGACCAAACGGACGUGGCGGCCACAGGGGCGAACGAGCUGCCGAAUGAGGGGAGUGGUUUUGAAUCAGCGGGCGAGGAACGCACCACCGUCAGUGUCACAGCACCGCCUCCAGUGAGAUACCUGACCACGCCAUCCAUGACCACCGCCAGCCAGGGCCGGGAGCUGGUGGUGUUCUUCAGCCUGCGAGUCACCAACAUGGACUUCUCUGAGGACCUCUUCAACAAGACGUCGUCCGAGUACAGAUCCCUGGAGAACACCUUCUUAGAUGUGCUGCUGCCGUUCCUGCAGGCCAACCUGACGGGCUUCAAGAAACUGGAGAUCCUCAACUUCAGGAAGGGCAGCGUGGUCGUCAACAGCAAGAUGAAGUUCGCCAAGUCGGUGCCGUACAACAUCACAGAGGCCGUGCACUGCGUCCUGGAGGAGUUCUGCUCCGCCGCCGCCAAGAACCUGCACAUCCAGAUCGACACCCACUCUCUGGACGUUGAACCAGCCGAUCAGGCCGAUCCCUGCAAAUUCCUGGCCUGCGACGAGUUUUCCCGCUGCAUGGUGAACCGCCGGACGAAGGAGGCCCAGUGUCUGUGCGAACCCGGCUUCCUGUCGGUGGACGGCCUGCCCUGUCAGAGCCUGUGUGUCCUCCAGCCGGACUACUGCCAAGGAGGGGAGUGUCACAUAGUUCCUGGACACGGAGCUGUGUGCAGAUACAAAGACAGCUACUCUUUUCCAGGCCUGGCCAGUUAAGAAAAUAUAUCGGCUUGGACGGCACCUGAGAAUACAACUAAAAGGUAAGAAGGGCUUGCUGCCAGGAGCGAGGCUGCUCCGCUAAAAUCCCUCAUGUGCAAUCAUGUGUUACUGUGUGCACACUCAGCAGGAGUGUUAGUGUGUAAGUUAGUGUUAUCAGACGCUGCAGAGUAAACCACACAGUCUGCACCAGCGUGGCAAUCCAGACCAAAAAACAAACACCUGCUUUUAUCUUCCUGUGAUCACUUCAUUUAGACAAAUUGCAGGGCUGUAAUCUGCCCUGACAGUCUGAGGCCAAAUUGGUUUAGAGCUGCAGUGUGUUUAGAGCUGACACUGAGCUGAACGGUGAGUAAUUAAACAUCCCAAAGGAUGGAGGAGGACUUGAACGUCAGGACCAUUUUGGAGCUAGAAAGGAGCCGUCAACGGGUAAACACCAGGAUUUGUCCCAAGUCCACGUCUCAUCUCGGGGUGAUUAGUCUGCUCCUCUGUGAUCCUCUUUUGGGGUCUGAGUCUCUGCUGAGCUGCGAGGGAGGUGCAGGACGUCUCACUGUGUUACUGCUCUGAACAAAAACAUUCACAUCUCAUAUUGAAAAGGUGGAGUUAAAACACAGUGAUGCAUCCACCUAAAACAAAAUGAAAUGUGGUCUCUGUGUUCUCUCUGCCCCGAAUCACUCUUUGCACAUUAAAGGUCCCAUAUUUUACACUUUACCUGUGUCUUAAGAUGGUCCUUUAUCAGUCCCACAGUGGGGAAAUUUGCAGGGUUGCAGCAGCGAAGUGGACAGUACAAAGAAAAGAAAAACAUUAAAAUGUCAACAUAAAAUACUUAGAAGCAAGAUAAAGGAUGGAUAAUAUCAUUUGUACAAUCAGAUAUUUAAAUACAACAAAAAUAGCAAGUCAUGUGUGUUAAUUAUUAUUACACAUGGUGAGUUGUCAGUCUUGAAAUGUUGAUCCAUCAGAAGAUAUAAAAACCAUCUCAGUGUAGUUUUACAUCUCCUCUCUCAGGCUUCUCUCUGGAGCUCUAGUAACAACAGGUCAGUCAGCCAAUCAGAAGAGAGGAGGCUCUGAGCCUCUCUUCUGAUUGGCUGACUGUUUUCUGAGUGAUCCAAUACAAAUAUAGCAGCAAAUAUCAGGUAAAAUACUCAGAGAAACCAAGGUUUGGAUGGUGGGUCCAGGUGGGCGGGGCUUGGUGACUGCUUUGUUGUGACAUCACAAAGUUCCAGAAGUCCUGACGGCUGGUUUUAAGGCUCAGUUUCUGAAUACAGGCUGUGUGCAUUUCUCUGUGGACUGAGGCUUUGAUACUUUCACAGUAUUAAUAUAGAAGCUAGAGCUGAUCUAUAAUCACACUACACAUGGACACAGACCUUUACACUGGAGGAACAGCUAAAUAAGGGCAGGAAAGUUUACAUCUGAGGAAGUGAACACUGUUAGAGGAGGAAGGUGAAGUGCAUCACUGAGAAAAAUGAGACAAAGAGCACUGAUAACAUUUUAUUUCACUGGUCUGUAAAUCCCUAAUAAUUUCCAGGAAAGUAGUUUGUAAUUUGGCGCUAAUUAUAUCAAAUCAGUGGCUGUUGUUAAAAGCUAGAGUAAUGUCAGUGCACAGCAGAUUGCCUAAACAUGCAGAAAUGCUUGAUUUCAGUGAGUGUCAUACAACCUGGGUUUCCUACUUGUAUUAGUUACAAUAGCUGUAAUAAACUGGAGUUAUCCUCUAACAUUCAUCCACAAUAGUGUUUUAGAGCAUCUGAAUUUCAGCAGUAUCAAGAGUUCUCCUGUGAGAGAUUGAUUACAACUAGUGAUCAGAAUGGAUCCAGCAGAGAGAUCCUGACUUGUACUCCCUCCACAUCUUCAGUCAAUAUAGUACAAGACCUCUGUAAAUCUGUGCUGUGUAGUGACAGGUAAACUGUCUUUGACAUGUAAAAUCGGUGGAAUGCUCCUUUAAUCUCGUUUCUUUUUCCUCUGCAGACUGGAUGAAACUGGACUCAGCAGCAGGAACCCGAGACUCGUCGAGGUCUCAGACGUUUGGUUAAAAAUCAGAGACGAUGUUGAGCCGAGGAGUUUUCAGGACAAACUCUUCACAUCACACAACUUCCCUUCACGGGAAGACGGACAAUUAGGCCACUACAAAAAACUGUCACUCAGUCGUCGUCUUCUGCCGCCACGAGCAGCGAGACGACGGAGAGGAGCUCAGCAGACGAUGUCGAUCAGGUGGAUAUUGAUCGACCCCGGACUGUUUUUGUACAACGUCUGCUGACUGAGUUUCUGUAGUGAAUAGGUUUGUCUUUGUUAAAAAUACUCAGGUUCUGCUGUGAAGUGAGAAGGAAACGAUGUGACCUCACAUCAGGGAUCAGCUUUCAUUGUUUAGGUCUGUUAUGACUUUAAAGAGACUUUACAAUACGCUUUUCAGAUGAGGUCAGUGAGACAGUUUGAUGGCCAUCUAAAUCAAUGGUUCACCACCUUUUUUGGCUUGUGACCCCUCAAAUGAAGUGAUAGCUACUUGUGACCAAUCCCCACGGGACCUGAGUUGUGAUUUUUCGUCUCAGAUUGUUUGAUUUGAAGGAUUUUUUUAGAGGUGAAAAUAUCCAGUUUUACUAAAGAAAAAAGCUGAAAUUUGUCCUUAUUAUCCCGUUAAUUAUUUUGAACCAGGAUGAUGGGCAUCAGCAUCAUCAGUGAUAACAAGGACAAUGCUAAUAUGCUGAUGUUAAGCAGGUAUAAUGUUUGUCAUGCUCACCAUCUUAGCUUAGUGUGUUAGCAUGUUAACAGUAGCACGAAAGACAAAGUGCAGCUGAGGCUGAUGGGAAUGUGGCAGGUAUUUGGUCAUAAACCAAAGUAAUUGUAAAAUUUAAAAACCUGAUGGUGGCGCUAGAGGAAACGUCAGAGGAUCAUCAGAGUCAGUGGGAUUCAUCCUCUGGGGAUCACGAAUGUUUGUACAAAAGUUAAUGUCAGCCGUGAGCGUGAAGGUUCAGUCUUGAAAUGUUUUGUUUUCCUAUUCCCAACUCACGGUCCACUUACUAGCUUUUUACAAAGCUUUCAGUCAUAUGACAUGCUAUUCAUCAGGAGAUGGAGUUUCCUCAGCCGUCAUCGACGUGGCGGAAGAGCUACAGCUAAAUCACAGAACUUUAAUAUGACUGAAAGCUCAGGAAAACGCUGGCGAGUGAAACCCUUUUUUCUUUCUUAUUUGGCUCAUGAACCUUCCUGACACGAUGAAAUCAGAGAACAGUGUCCCACUGUAAAAACAAAGAGGAUCGUCAGCACUGUGUGUGUGAACGUUAUGUGAGCUGGUCGGUCCCCGUCACAUUUCUCUUGUACAGUUGAUGUAAAUACUCGGUUGUAAAUCGCUGCUCUUUUCUCGAGUCCGCAGAACUACUGAUGUUUGUUGCUGCUUUUUGGCAGAAAAAAAACCCCCAAAAAAACCCAAUGACUGUAUUUGGACUUUUCUUGUUUAAGCUGUUACUGUCAUUUAUGUGAGUUUUACAAUGAAUAGUUGAAAAUACAAACUUGUGUUGAAUAAGAGACGUCAGUUUUCUUCAUGUUAUUUAAAGGGUAUUUUCCCAGAUAUUCAGCGUCACUUGCUUCAAACUGGAGUGAAAGAAGAAGCAUAGAGGUGAGUGAAACAUGGAAUGCAUUUAUUCAUCUGUUAGAGAUCAGCGUUAGAAAAAUGACAGUGGACAAAGGCAGUGCUUCCCGAGGAAUGAUUGUAAUGUGUGGAGAGAAACAGAUCGCAGCAAAUGCAGAACAUUUUCUUUUUACAUCUCAGGAAAUGAUGUUAAAACCAACACUGAGGUCUUAAUAGGGGAAAGCUCAGAGCGUGGUCCCUUUGCAUUCGGCAUUAACAUGCAGACAGAGGUUUGGACAACGUAUUCAGAUCCAGUGUUUGUUGUUUCCGUGUGUUUCUGGCUGAAUCCAACAAACUCUCUGCUCUACAACAAGGAAUUCAAUCUUUUCUGAUGCGAUUCAAGCCAAACUUUAAAUUUUAAAUUCAUGACUUUGAACAUGUAGCCCUAUCUGAACCUGAGCUGAUCAUAUUUUGACAGUUUUUUUCUCUUUGUACUGGAUGUAUUUGAUGUUACAGGGAGCAGCGGCUGAAGCAGGACGCAGCAAAACUAAAGGGAAAAACCGCCGGAGGAAACGAAGCCUGGACGAAAGACAGCGUUUGAUCUGGAGGUGAGAAAACACAACCGGCCAAAAGUCAAGAGUUGUUGAUCAGAAAAUGUGUUACAGGGUGGUGUAGGGUGUAAACACACGUUUCUAUGUUUCAAAACAAAUGAUAAAUGAUGACGUCUUCUAGCCUCAAAGGUCGGGAGCUGGUUUCACAAAGACCCCACUCACAGUCAGAGCUGAAAUUCAGAUGCAAGACGAUCGAUGUUCAUGGAUUCGUUUUGUUUUUGUGCAACUGGAAACAAUGUCGCCUCCAACAGCGACGUUGUUUUUGCUAAACUUUGCAUUUUGUUCCUUUAUCUGACGUGUUUCGUCUCAGCCUGUCGACCCGCCCUCAAGAUAUCACUCGUUUCUCAUAAACAAAAUGUUUUUUUCCAGUCUGAAGGAAGUGAAGGAUUUAACUAAAUUCUGGGUUGAGUGUGAUUAUCUUACUCUUAUAUUUGGACUUUGUUUAGCAGCUCUUAUCUUUGGUAGUUGUUGGGGUUGUUUGGCCGUUUCCGAUGAAAAGCCCUGUGACUGCUCAUGUCCGGGAUAAUCAAACUUUAGUCUAAGACCUCACAAAUGGCCUUUGGAUAAUCGUCUCUUUGUGAAACCAGUCCCUUCCCAUUAGCAUGGUGCAGGUCCAGUGACACAUGGAAACUGGGCUGAACUGGACUGAAAGUUUUACUCCAGUUGCUAAAUUUCAACUUGUAGUCAGAUCAGCUCAACACUGAAAUACAGUCAUUACAAUCUGUGGAAGCAAUCGCUGAAUUAAAUCUAGACAUCUAAACUAAAUCUUUAGAUCCGAUCAGGACAUCUGAGCCUCGUGUCCGUGCCCUCGCUGACUCUCAGACCUUCAGUCUUUGAUUUCAAGCUGCUCUCCUGCAUGUUAAUGCCGUCUGUAAAGGGGAUCAGCUGCUUUGCAACAAGGCGGAUCUUCGUGCUCUCAGACAAUCCCAGUCACCUGUUGUGCAGAGAAGAGCGUCAAGAGGAACAGAAAGCUCGGGAACAAACUCAGCAGCCUCAGGUGAAAAGCACAGGUGUGACGUCACGGCAGAUUGUCUUUAAAUUGUUUCUGUACACGACGCAGCAGGAGGCCCGGUUUAAUCUCUCAGCUUAGUUUUGCACGAUUUAUUGCUUCCCUUAACAACCUCACGAUCCCGAGCCGCUGAAGUAGAAACUGUUCUUUCAAAAAUAAACUUUUACAGUCCAGUAGGAAUAUCACUGCCGUCUGCACGUGCUGCACUUCCUGUAUAGAAAAUAUUUCAGUGUUGUAUGAAUGUUCCAGUUCAAGGCUGAGUACCAGUGCAUCGUCCACAGUUAACAACACGUCCGACUCGCUUCUCGCACAGCAGAGAGAUGAGAUCUUAAAACUUUCAAACAUUUUCUGGAAUCAGGUGAAUUUAUUCAACAAAACAGCCGAAUGGAGAUUUAAUUUUUUUUUUAAAGAUGACGUCAAUGAAAAACACGUGAAACUACCUUGGGAGUCACUGCGUUGGCAAAUUAUGUUUCCUCGUGUGAAAAGAUCAAAUUUAAAGACUAAAGAUGAUGUGAAUGACUUUUUUUUUGCGGCACUGAUCUGCUCUCGAACAGCAGCAACACGUGGAGUUGCAUCUCAGCAGUUGCAUAAUUAAUUCACAUUUUCUGCUUCGCUUGAUAAACCCAGACAAAAAAAAGAAAAAAGAAAAAAGAAUAAUCACAGAGUUGAAUCACUGCUCUGCCCAAAAAAAAGGGCUUCAUGUUUAGAGCCACGUUUGGUCUCCAAGUCAAAAGUUUUUGGACCUUUCUCAUUAGCUUCACACAGCAAAUCACACAUGAUGAGAAGAAAGAAGGAAUCACUACAUGAACAAAUCAACGAGGUCUGGAGUUACAUUCGGCUGGAAAGACAAAAGGUAAAAUAAAAAAGUAAGUUAUUAUCAAAUAUUGGAUUUAAUUACGAGUGCAGUCAGGAGGAAUCAUCUGACACUCAUGCAGCACUGCCUCACGGUGAGAGCUCACAACUCCUUGUGCAAGUUUGUUUUUUUUGUUUGCCCUGUAAGAAUCACAUGAAGACAAUGUAAACAGCAGGUUUUAAGUUGGAGGGGUCACCAGCUAGCUGUUAAGAUGGAAGCGACACACCAGUGAGACUUGAGUGUAAUAAUCAGGAAUGCAUAAUUACAGAGGAAUUAAGUUUUUCUUGUUUGGGGAGGCAGCUUCGAACAAAACAAAAAAAGAAGAAGUCCUACUUCUGGCAAUUACACCCUGUUAAAGUAGUAUUAAGGCCUCGUAGUUAGACUUGCAGAAAUGUUACAGAGAACAGAUUUCCUUGGAAAACCACUGGCUGUGAUCAUUUAGUAUGAUUUUUUUUUUCUGCAUAGGGUUCACUGCAAAACUCCCCCCCCCCCC